GUUGCAAGGCAGUUCAGUACCUCAUACCACACAAGUGAAGUCACACUACUGGAUGAUGUAUUAAACUUAGACAGAGUACGGGGAAGCUGCUCGUAGAGGAACUUUAUUUUCAGGUACUGAGGAGCUGGAAUCCUUUUUGUUAUAUCACUGAACUGAAGUCGAUGAUGAACUAUUUGAAUGUGCUGGCAAAAGCCCUGUACGACAAUGUGGCUGAAUCACCAGAUGAACUCUCAUUCCGCAAAGGGGAUAUCAUGACUGUUUUGGAACGUAACACAGGAGGUUUGGAUGGCUGGUGGCUCUGCUCACUGCAUGGGCGGCAAGGUAUUGUGCCUGGAAAUCGCCUGAAGAUCCUCGUGGGAAUGUAUGACAAAAAGCAGUCAGGCUCCAGCCAGGCACAGCAGCAGAAUCCACAAUCACCACAGCCUUACCAGCAACAGAAUGUAUACCAAAUGCCAUCCCAGUCCUCACAGUAUACCGCUAUGCACCCUGCCUAUCCACAGCAAGGAGACAAUGUCUAUAUGAUGCCCUCAUCGAAUAAAGCAUCACAGAAUUUAUAUCAGGUGCCCCCAGCACUACAGCACCAGUCAAAUAAGUAUUCGAUUCCUCCAUCGAAACAGCAGCAACAGACCUUGUAUCAGAAGUCAACAUCUCAAUGCCAGCUGCCUCAGUCCAUGAAUUCAUCCCAGGAUAUUUACCAGGUGCCUCCAUCGAUGAAUUCAUCCCAGGAAAUCUACCAAGUUCCAUCAAAGAGCCCACCACAAGAUAUCUACCAGGUUCCUCCGUCCAUGGGCACCGGACAGGACAUCUACCAGGUUCCUCCGUCCAUGAAUCAGCCCCAGGACAUCUACCAAGUACCUCCUUGUUUGGAGAAGAAGAAUUGGGAAAGCACAAAGUCAACAGGAAAGGUAGGUACAUUCUAAUAGACUGAUCUGUCCCAUGGACACAAUUACUUAUUCACCCCAUCAAAAAAGAUGACACGGGGCUGAUGAGUGAGAAUAGCACGUACGGCUCACGUAAACACCAGAAUUUCGACUAGAGUUUGCAAGAGCACCAGAGAAGAACGUGGGGCCUAAAAUGUGCAUAGCCCCAGACAUGAUGCCUUAUCGUGGAUAUUUGGGAUAUUUUCUUCGAUGUUCAGUGUUAUGGAGAGCACUGCCUUUAGUAACACAUUUAAGAGUCAAACGUUGAGAAAGAAAUAGCAUUAACAUGACUUAACAAAAAUUAUUCUUGUUUAAAUGAUAAGCGCCGACAACAUCACUGGGGAAUGUGGUUGGGAGGAGUUCCUGAGCUGGCAGUGUGAGGGAGAUGAAUUAAUAGGCGUAAAUGAAAAGACAAGAUUGAUGAAACAUCCCAGGGUUAA